AUGUUCGUUCGUUGGUUGAUACUGAUAUCAAUUAUUGGUACAAUUUAUUUUCAAUGUAUUUAUUCCGAUCUGGUUAUGGGUGGAUUGCAAGAAUGUUUUAACAAUACAUUAAAGACUCAAAUGGUGAAUUUAGCACGUCAACAAUUACGUUCAAAAACUCAUUUAGCUUCUAAACCUAUUCGAGUGCUUGGUUUUUAUUCACAAAUAGUUGCUGGUACCAAUUAUUGGUUAAUAUUUAUCGUUGGUGAAGAAAAAAAAUGCACAUUAAUAGUUUCCGAACCAUUACCUUAUACUCAUAAACCAAUGCAAGUAUCAUCUUUUGAAUGUAAUAGUAUCACAUCUAUUAAUCAAGCUACUAAAAAUAAUCAUUAA